AUGGCAUGUACAGGUGCCUUCGAGUGUGGUUUUUGCCCCAUUUUGAUUGUUGUAGUUUCAUCUGUUAUCAUCUGCAUCCUCAUGUGGAAGGAAGUCCCCAAAAGAAUUGGAGGUUUUUCUACUGUGAAGAUUGUAAUUAUUGUAAUCUUCAGUGUGGUGGCAAUAGGAAUUGGACUUGGUUUAGGACUUGGCUUACGAGAAGGAGAAGAAAAUUGCUUAAAUUGUGGAGCUACUGUUGGUAUUAGCAUUUCACUUGGAGUAGCUCUAUCAGUUAUGCAAUUUGCCAUUAUCUUCAACUGCAAUAAUGAGAAAGGAUGUAAAGAUUCCAAGGGAUUUAGUUUGGAUAAUUGCUUUAGAAAAUGCAGAGUCAAACCUGAUGUUGAUAAAAAGGUGACCUCAGACAGAUCAAAUGGGGAUAGAGCAAGGACCCCUACAUCAGCAUCUGGAGUUACCAUGGAAGCAAAGAAAAAAUCUCUAAAUAAGCCAACUGAAAAAGGCACUGAGGUGAGCUCUUUAAACACCAAACCAGUUGGACAUCCUUUGCCUGAAACACCAAAUGGUCGUAAAAAUCAGCUGGAACCCAUCAGUGUAGAAGUGGAUAAUUCUGCAAGAGAGAAAAAGAAGAAAAAGAAAAAGAAAGAAAAGAAGGAGAAGAAGGAGGCCUCUGAGGAACUCCAGUUUUAA